AUGCAGACCUCAAGUCUGGGUUUUGUGGCUUAUACGGGAAUUUUCGCACUGCCUCUAUUUGACAAACAUUGUUCACGGAUGAGGAAGUCUGAUGUGAAUGUACACGUGAUUCGGCGUGACGGACAAAGGUGCAUUAUUCAAGGCAAAGUUGGGGAGAAUUUGAUGUACUUACUACAAAGGAACAAUCUCGAGGUCGAAGGCGCUUGUGAGGCCUCCCUUGCCUGUUCCACUUGUCACGUAUAUGUUAGCCACCCUUAUUUUGAUAAGCUCGCUAAGGCCGCUGAAGCCGAGGAAGAUAUGCUUGAUCAAGCAGUUUUUCUGAAAGAAAAUUCUCGUCUCUGUGAGUAA